CUCCAACAUCUUGUUUUAGAAGCUCCCAUCUCCUAAAAAUGCCAAAACUACAUAGCAUUAGAGAAAGAGAAAGCAGAAGAAAAGUCCCUUUGAAUGGAGCAAGAAGCACUGAGGAGAAACAGCAGGUUUUCUGCCCAUGACAAGAGGGCUCUGGCCAUAGGUUUAGCAAUUCUUGCUAUACUCUCACCUCUCUACAUCAAUCGCAGCUCGAUCUCUGAGGCAGAGCUCGAGGAAGAGCCGGUGAAUUUCUCCUCGUACCUCCCCCUCCUGCAGCUGCUGCUGAUAAUGGCCAUAGCCGUCUCGGGUUUCAUGGAGCACGGCCUCACCGGGUUGGAUCCUUACUGGAUUCAUCGGGCAGGCGGCUCUUCAACCGGGAUCAUCGUAGUUUUGAUCAUCCUUACCUUCGUGCUCAAGUGGAAGUCCUAGGCUGUGAAGUUCUGGUGAAUUUAUUGUUUGUGUGAAGGCUUUUUUUACAGCUUUUCUUUUUCAACUUGUAUGUAUGUGGUGAAUUCUACUACUAUUUUAGAUUUUUGCCUCUCUCUCUUACAGAUA